AUGGCCCUGGGCUGUAAUGACAAGUCCAAGUCUCCCAAUCAGGCGAGACCCUUGCGCGUCAUUGACCUCUGCACUGGCACAGGCUGCAUACCACUUCUUCUGCACGCAUUACUUGCUCCUGAUUUCCAGCUGGAGAUAAAAGGGGUGGACAUCAGUCGUACGGCCUUAUGCUUGGCCCGAGAGAACCUUGAGCAUAACCUGCAACUGGGCCAGUUGGCACCCAGCGCAGGGACAGACAUCCAGUUCCAUCGCGCCGAUGUUCUCGGAUAUGACAGUGACAAUUCAGUACCGUCCCUUGAGUCAAUACUGAAAACCCAAUUCUCCGAUAUUGGAGCACUGGACAUCUCAUCACCCGACCAAGAGAGUGGAUGUGAUCUAUUAAUCUCCAACCCGCCCUACAUAUCCCAAGCGGAGUUCCGCAACGGCACCACUGCGCGCAGUGUACGGCGCUUUGAGCCCAAGCUGGCACUCGUGCCUCCACACCCAAGCUCCGGGGUGGACGACUGCAUGCCUGAGGAUAUCUUCUACCACCGCAUCCUCACUCUGGCAUUCAAGUUGAAGGCCAAGCUCACGGUGCUGGAGUGUGGGGAUUCUCACCAGGCUAAUCGAGUGGUUGCUCUUCACAAGCGACUUGCUUCUGCUGAACCCGGGAAGUUCAGUGCGGAGGUCUGGCCGAGUCGGGAGCAGGAUUUGGCUGAGAAUGGGUUUCAUGCGACUGACGGAUCGCGAGGUGUUAUCAUACAGACUCUCCAGUAG